AUGUGCCCUUUGCACACGGUGACCUACCUUAUCCUGGCUGCACUGAAUCUGGGGACAGUCAAAGGGAUGGGGAUGUAUUCUUAUGAACAAGCAGAGUUCACCUACAAACGUAGUAAUUGUAAAUCAAUGCCCCCCACAAUGGCGCUGUGUCACGGCAUCGAAUACACGGAGAUGAGGCUCCCUAACCUGCUAGGACAUGAAACCAUGGAGGAGGUGCUGCAACAGGCCAGCUCAUGGAUUCCGCUGGUUCAAAAGCAGUGUCACCCGGACACUAAAAAGUUUCUUUGCUCUCUCUUUGCUCCGGUGUGUAUCGAUGAGCUGGACGAGCCAAUCCAGCCGUGUCGGUCGCUUUGUGAGCAGGUGAAGGACAGCUGCUCUCCGGUGAUGUCAGCUUUCGGUUUCCCCUGGCCGGACAUGCUGGAGUGCAACCGGUUCCCAGAGGACAACGAUCUCUGCAUCCCACCCGCGGACUCCAAGGAGCAUGAUCCCGCGCCCGGAGACGAGCUAAAGAUCUGCGACGCAUGCAAAGAAAGCGAGCAAAACGACAACGAAAUUGUCGAGAAUUACUGCAAAAAUGAUUUCGCUUUGAAAAUAAAAGUGAAAGAGAUUUCCUACAGCAAUGGGGACACAAGGAUCGUUCCCGAGACAAAAAGCAAGACAAUUUACAAGCUGAAUGGAGUGACGGAGAAGGAUCUGAAGAAGAGCGUAUUGUGGCUGAAGGGUGGUCUGCAGUGUACUUGUGACGAGAUGAACGAUAUCAACGCUCCCUACUUAGUCAUGGGGCAAAAGCUCGAUGGGAACCUGGUCAUUACCUCAGUGAAGAGAUGGCACAAGGGGCAGCGAGAGUUUAAGAGAAUUGCUCGGAGCAUCCGCAAACAGCAAUGUUAA